AUGAAAUAUAAGCUACACAUACCAGAGCGUCAAACGUUUGAUUAUCAAGCAAACGAAUCAGCAAAACUACAGUAUCAAGACGAAUUGAUCGAAAUUUCCACUAACGAGAUGUUAAAAGCAAGUUUUAAGAACGGUGAAAACCUCACAGAAUUUCGGUUCCAGUCUACUAUCAGUCGAAUUUAUCCUGGGCUGUGGACUGUCGUACAAAAAUUAUUAAUUGCCUUCCCUUCCUCUUACCUCGUUGAGCGAUAACGAAUCUAAUAACUAAAAAAAGAAAUCGACUCGACAUCGUCAAAAGAGGAGACUUACGCCUUCAUCUCACAAAAACUUUGAACCUAACGUAAAAAAAUUGGCUUUGGAUCACCAAGCACAACCAUGUCACAGAUCAAUACNAAAAUUAUUAAUUGCCUUCCCUUCCUCCUACCUCGUUGAGCGAGGAUUUAGUGCGGUAACAAAUCUAAUAACUAAAAAAAGAAAUCGACUCGACAUCGUCAAAAGAGGAGACUUACGCCUUCAUCUCACAAACUUUGAACCAAACGUAAAAAAAUUGGCUUUGGAUCACCAAGCACAACCAUCUCACAGAUCAAUACAUUUAAAAUCAUUUUAAUUAUCCUCUUAAAUCAUAUUUAAACAUAAAUUUUACAUUUUAUUUUCAUUAUAUUCACAUUUGUAUAUAUAUAUUAUAUUUAUUAAUUAUUCAAUAUUAAACUUUUCAUGUAUAUUAUUUUUAUUUUUAUUUUAAUGAAGUGAGGGGGGGGGGGGGGAAUAUUGAAAAAUAUUUUGUUUCUUAGGGGGGCGGCCGUUAUAAAAAGGUUGAGAAGCAUUGGUGUAAACGGACGUUCGAAUACAAAUUCGAUUCGCCCGAGUGGCUGGCGCGAAUCCCGGGACCGCCCGGGGAAAAAAACGUCAUUUGA